AUGCUCAUUCAUGUACACGCAUUCAACACAUUGCCUGACUUUUAUUGCUUGCCACACGAAUCCUUAAAAGAAAAGCCUCUGCUUCGGUACAUUCUGAAAGGAAACAAACCUGCUUUGUCGAUAGGCACAAGAGAACUGGAAAUGUGUUGUUCGCAAAAUGUUGCUGCAGCAAAUUUUGUCGACUAUUGGCGCAUUAUAAGUGAAUUCGAGGAGAGGCUAUGGCAGAAAUGGUCGUACGUGUACACGUUUCGCAUCGUUCUUGCGCACGAUCAUCCUUUACCCACGGGUCUCUUUUUGGCCGAAGAAUCGGCGGCCAAACUUUCAUCACAGUUUGCACUCACAGCACUUCAUAAUGUGCUUUUGCAAAUGGCAACUUUUCCGCUCGUCCAUGAACAAUGUUAUGUUAGGUUUGUCGAUGGGUAA